GCGAGGGAGCAGGACAGAGCCGGUGGGAGGCCAGCGCUGCCAGGGAAGGACAGGCAGCCCCAGGACAGCAGGACUAAGGUGGCAAUAAAGUGACGUGGUCUCUCUCUGGCAUGAAGUGAAUCCAGACUAGCACCAACACCUUGACCCUGGGUAAAUAGCAAGCACCAUAGCAUGGCCCCAGAGAUGGGACAUCAUGGUCCUAACUGCUUCCCCCAAACAGGGACAAGAGAUUUGUCAUGGACUACACGCUGGAGACCAGCCAGCUAAAGCAGAAGCUUCUGAAAACCGUCUACAGCCUCCAGCUGAAGUCAUUUAGCACACUGCAGUCAGCCAGCCCGCUGCUGCACAACCAGCGUGGCAUGGGCAUGGUGACCCAGCAGCAGGUCCACCAGCUCACAGAUAAGGCCAAAAGCCUCUGUGGAGAUCUGGACAACAUCAAGAACCUCCUCCACUAUUGCCAGGAUGCCUUGGUGCGGCAGAUUCCCAACCCCACCGGCAGCCGCUAUGGAGGCGUCAGUGGAAUCCAUUGCUCCCUGGAUGGCUCCAUCUAUGUGAUAGCUGAGAGUGCUCCCUGGGUGCACGUGCUCAGCAGCACAGGCCACACACUGCACUCCCUGCCCUGCCAGCAAACGGGCAAGGGAGGCAGCAUUUUCUUGCCAGAAGAUGUGACUGUGACUAGGAUGGGAAUGGUGGCUGUAGCUGACGUGGUGAACGAAGCCAUCUGGGUCUUCAACCCUCACACCAGCCCCUCCAAGGGGGAAUGGGUAAAGAUCAGGAAGGUUGGUUCCCCCAGGGGUAUUGGGGUAGACUCCACGGGCAAGAUCCUGGUAGCAGACUAUGCACAAGGCCAAGUGCACAGCUUUGCUCUGGACCAUGCCUUCAGGACCCUCAAUGCCCACUCUGUCCCCAGCCUGCAGGGACCUCGCUACGUCAGUCCGGUGCCCGGCGGAGGCUUUGUGGUGAGCGAGGAGUGUGGAGACGUCAAGGUCUUCAUGAGCAGCCGUAAGCUCCUCUGCUCCCUCAGCAGCAAAUAUGGACACCAGUUUGGCAACCCUGCUGGGGUCUGUGUGGACAGGGAUGGCAGCAUCCUGGUGGCAGAUGAGCAGCGCCGUACAGUCCACUUGUUCCCAGAGCAUGGAGCUCCCGUCUGCCUGGUGUCCGCAGGGCUGCGGAGGCCUGCUGGCGUGGCUUGCUCCUCCUCUGGGCACCUCUUUGUGGCAGACACAGUGGAGAACUGUGUCAAAGUCUUUAAGUACUGCGUGAGGCCCCCAUACAGAUCCACCAGCGUUGGGGCAUCAUGUGCUGAGCCCAACCAAACACACAGGAGGGGAGGGGCGGUGGUUCCCCCGCAGCCCCGCUGA